UGAUGGAGGAGAAGGAAGGUGCGAGGGAAGAAGGGAGGGAGUCGUAGUCGGACGCUGAAGAGAAAGAGGAGAGCGGAAGGAGCCAAAUACAACAAGUGAGGAAACUGUUGCUCCGGACGAGAGAUCGCGCUGCUGCUGUCCAAGUCUCCUCAACUUCACUUGUGAGAAUAAGAAGCAGUCGCUCCGUGCUACUUGCUGUUAGAAAAGUGACACUCGUGGUCACUUCUCCGUCUUUCUAUUUGUUCUUAUUAUUUUUUAAUAGUUAAUAGUGCCUCGCCGUAACUUCAGCCGGAGCACUCGUUGUUUGAGGCAUUUUAUUCCAGCGCACCGAGGAAACAAACCAACAAACUGAACGAUCGUAAAGAUGGUCCGCGCUGUGAUGUUGAAAACGGCUUUGAAACAAACACUUUCACAAGUGCUGCAUCGUCACACAGAAUCUGGGCGUUAAUGAGCAGUGCGAGAUUCUUUCAACACAACGGUGACAUCCUGUCAAGUUAAAAAAAAAAAAAAAACAAUUUAGGUGGAAUAAACGAGCACAAAUUGUUCCGUUUCCAGCGGACAGCCGAGUGAGCGCCAUUUCGUAAAUGCGGUGGGUGAGAUGAACUCCAGUGGGAAUACUGUCGACCCCACCUGACAGCUCUCUGCUUCACCACACCAGAGCGUUGUGGCCUGAAACAAAACGUCAACAAUUAAGGAAGUCUUUCCUGUGCGGAGGUUGAGUGUGCUUAUAUUAUCCUGAGAAAGAUUGAACGUAAAUGUACUGACGGGGCAAACGUUCGCUUCGAUAUACCAGUCCUGCAUACGACUCACACGUCCAAAAUUCCUUCGGUGACAUUCCACCCAGAGUUCAGCCUGGCCGGCACAACCAUUCCGGUCAAGGGGGAGGAGGACUUCCUCACGCUGGCUGCCUCCCGCCUCAGCCGCAAGAAACGCGUGAUCGGGGCUGGAGUCGGCGUGGCCAUGGUCCUGGUCCUGCUGGUGGCCAUCCCCCUAUUGGUCCACACCACCAAAGGGGGCGCUUCCGGAGGAGGGGGCACACAUUAUGAGAUGCUGGGGAGUUGCAAGAUGGUGUGCGACACGUUCACCCCCCCUCAAGGAGAGCUGACGGGUUCCUCCCCUCAGCCCCCAGACUUGGCCAACCGUCGAGGCAAACAGGGUUUUAGAGGAAACCCGGGACUUCCGGGUCCCCCGGGCCCUAAAGGUCCCCCCGGAGAACCCGGGAAGCCCGGCCCACCCGGGCCGCCGGGGCCUGGGCCGGGUGGCUACGGCCCUUCCUUGUACACUCCCAAAAUCGCCUUCUAUGCCGGCCUGCGGAAGCAACACGAAGGGAGUGAGGUACUGAAGUUUGAUGACGUGGUGACCAACGUGGGGAACUACUACGAGCCCAGUACGGGCAAGUUCACCUGCCCUCUGCCCGGCAUCUAUUACUUUACCUACCAUGUCCUGAUGAGAGGAGGAGAUGGGACAAGCAUGUGGGCUGACCUCAAAAAGAACGGGCAGGUGAGGGCCAGUGCCAUCGCCCAGGAUGCAGACCAGAAUUACGACUACGCCUCGAAUAGCGUCAUCCUGCACCUGGACGUGGGAGAUGAAGUGUGCGUGCAGCUGGAUGGCGGCAAAGUUCACGGCGGGAACACCAACAAAUACAGCACCUUCUCCGGAUUCCUCAUCUACCCUGACUGACACGCUACCAUCCUUAAUCCCUCUCUGCAUCUAACAGGCUCAGAUUUCAUCAUGCAAACUUUGAAAAAAAAAAAAAAAUCUAUUUAAAGAAUAUAAAAUUGUAUUUUCAUCAGUUUUACCUCAGACAAUAGUUGUAAUUCCAUAACAUGAACAGUGUCUCAUUACUGGAAUUAAUUGAAUGGAGAUUAGAUAUCAACUCAUCAUGUGAUUUUAGCAGGAUCUGGCCUCCUCAUGCUAAUACAUCUUUAGAAAGGAGAUCAGAUUGAAAAAAAAGCCUAGAUGAUAGCUGAUGAUGCAUUUGACUCAGUUGCGGAAAAAAAUAAGUGUGUAUGUGUUGUAUGUGUCAUUACCAUUCUACAUUGAAGUUUUCGUUUGACCUACGCUGUUGAAUGUCACAUUUUUACCCAGAGACUUUUGACAGGGGAAUGAAAAGUGAUAAAUAAUUCAACAUGAAAUAUUUGGGUUUUGAACGUGCUGGUUUUCAAAAUAUGCUCCGACUGCAUUAACAUCAAGGCAAAAUUACAUGUUUUGGUGUAAAAUAUAAAAAACUUAAUAUGAUACAUCAUGUCUGUUUAUUAUUUCGCAUUUGACAUCCUGCCACAGUAAAUAUAACGGAACAAAAUGGUACAAUAGAUAUCAUUUGCAAUGGUAAAUGGACUGAAAAAAACAAACGCGCACAAAAAAAAAUCCAGUUUAUAUCAGUUGUUGUGGUGAAUUUGUAUCUUAAGUGUGUAAAAAGUUUGCGUGCCUUCUUCACAAUUUUAGCAAGAUGGCAAACUUUUAAAGAGAGUUAACACGACCUUAGAUCUGAAAAGAGGUCCGUGUCGUAUAUUAAAGUUUCAUAAGAAAACCAGUACAAACAGAACAUUCAAGGAAAAUCUAGUGUUUAUUGUAGUUGUCCUACUGUAGCUUUGAACAAAAUUUAUGUUACUUUGCGUAAUACUAAGCUCAGAGUGGUAUCGGUCACGGUAUAGCAGCAUUUUACCUUUUCAUUAAAAUCAAGCGAUGUGAAAACCUGACUACCUAAUUCAUUUAUUUUAUUGGUGAAUGUACUUCUGUGAAGGUGAUUUUUAAAUGCAGGUGACCAAUGUUGACAUAUUGCGAGCAUACACAAGGGUUUCUGUGCCUUAAGCGCCCUGUUUCCCUUUCAUUUUCCAUGCAUGAGACUGUUUCAUUUCUCAAACCCAAGCUGUGCGGACAGAGAAGCUAAUCCACAGCAAUCUGACAGGGAUUUUCCACGGUGCAGUCCGUGCCAUUGAUGUUGAGACACUUACCAGGGACUGUGGAUCUUUGAAUCUAUACUGUAUAUGGAUAGAAUUUACAUUAUGUAAACAAGAAGGGGAAUGGAGGAUCUGUCUAUGUGGUAGCAAAACAAGAAAAGCAUGUCAUUGAAAUUUUGCAUUAAUUAAUAUAAUAUGCCAAUGUACCUAAAUGAUUAUAUGUAACUAUUAAAAACAAAGUAUAAUUGAAACAUGCAUUAUAGCACAUCACUUACUGUAUGCCAGAGACUUUUCGGCCCCUGUGAGUGACGUUUGAUAGCGUGACUGUGGAUGUGGAUCUGUUCUGAUGAAAGUCACCACUGCGUUGAUGUGAGAUGGUGACAUUCUUCUACAAUGCCAUUCUCCACCCAACUGUGUCCUUUGCCGCUGUCAUCUUAGUGUGCACUCAUCGCUGUCACUGUACUUUGUAAGCUUGGUUGUUUGUGUGGCAUUCUCAACACUUGAACGACAUGGAACACAAUAAAAAAAACAUCUGAACUGCUGUUUUUCUUCUUUGCUUAUCCAAAUAAAUUAGAUAACAACACCAA